AAUAAUGGCAGACGGCAGACUAUUUGUUCAACUACUGACAUAGAGAACUCGCCGUUUAUUCGUAUGUAAAGGGUCGUGGCAAUGAAUUGUGUACAUAUAUAGUAUCCCGGAAUCUUUCUGUUUCUAACACGCCUCCCUGUGCUGUAAAGUAAGGAGAAACUGAUUUCAACGAUGUCUCUGUUCAGCGGCAUGAAAUUAAAGGUCGCGUCUUCUUCUGCAAGUGCAACUGCAAGUCAUUUGUCAACCGAUUCGAUAUCGAAGAGCGGUGCGACUUCUAAAACAGGGGAACAACGGGCUCAACAAAGCUCAUUGACACUUCUCGAUGCGGGACUAAAUACUGAUAUAGUUAAAAGUGACACAGUUUUGAGUGGUUCCAUCAACAGUGAAAAUACAGCUUCACAAGAAACAGUUGACUCAACAUUACAUGACGAGUGUCACAAUGAGGAUGAACUUAAUAAACUAGGACACAAUUCUGCAGAAAACAUAACUUAUUUUACAGGACAUAUUGAACCUUUGCAGAGUAAAUUCAGUUCUGACCUUGAAGGCUUGGAGUUGAACUUUCAGAUAGAGCAAACUGAUGAUGUUGAUAACAAUGAAAAAGAUGAAUGUGAAGUCCGAAAAUGUGUUGAUGAAGAGCAGGAUGAUGAAGUUGCUGAUAAUGAUGUUAAGACAGAGGCUGUUGAAUCUAUUGAUGGAUGUAAGAGUGGUUUCAGUUUUAUUGGAGAUGAAUCUUACGAUCCCAAAGAUGAUGUAGUAGAUUCAGAACCUCACAAUGGCGAUAAACCAAUUGAUUCUAGCAGUCAGCUGCCGCGCUAUGAAAUUCAUUUAACAAAGAAUGAAGAAUUUGAGUUAUUUUUACAAACAAGUGAAGCAAAUAUUAACAGUAUCAGAGAGGAUAUAUUAGAAGUUGAAAAAAAGCAACAGUACUUACUUGACAGCUACAUCAAUGUAAAUGCUCAAAAAUUAGGAAAAAUUAUGGAAGUGAAGAAAUUACAAGAUGAGCAGGCACAGUCUUUGCAGAAUGAAGACUUUGAAAAAGCUGUGGAAAUUGACAACAAGAUCCAAGCGCUACAUGACCAAAUAGAGUCCAUGUCACAAACUACAUUGCCAUCGCUAGAGGAAAUAACAAGUUUCACAAACACUAUAUCUAGUCUGUAUAGUCAAGAAAUUCAACUGAAAAGAGAGAAUUUGAACAAAAUGAACAUUUACAAGACUAAAGAGGAAAAUGAAUUAGAAGAAAAGAGGAGGAAGUUUGCUGAGGGUUUGUCUAAAGAGGAAGAAGUAAUAGAGUUGAAAAGAGUACAGCUACUAAAAGCUACAAGUCAUUUGUCAAUUGAUAAAGAACAUUUAGAAAAAUGUGAAAAACAAUUGGAAUGUAAAAUUGCAGAAAGAUGCUCAUCAUACAUUGAAAAGAAAUGUGAACUUCAAGAACAGCUCUCUCAUGUUCAGAAUGAAAUUUUAGAGGUUGAGCAGAAAUUAUCAGCACUCAGAAAAAAAGAAAAUGAAAUAACUAAUGGGAUUUCAGAAGAAGAUGCAAACAUUUCCAUUGUAACAGCUGAUUUUGCAGAGGAGACUAUCAAAUUAAAAGAAGAGCGGAACAAUAUUGAAAGCAAGGAAAAGAAUCUCAAUGAUGAAAUGACUCAAUUCAAGAAGAUGGAGGAAACAACAGAAAGUCUGAAAAUACAAUUUGAAAAAGAAGAUUUCAAAUUUUCAAGUAUCAUAGAUGUGAUUGAUGGGAAGGUAACACAAGAAGAGAAAUGCAUUGACCAAUUAAUGGCUGUCCAAUCAAAGAUAACACAACUGUAUCAAGAAGACUUAGAUUGGCCUUCUUUACAGAGGAAAAAUAAUGAAGUUUUUCUAGACAUGAAAAAGAAAGUAACUACUAUGGAAACUGACGUGAAAGAAAAAACAACACAUGUUCUUAAAUUACAAACCUUGGUGACAUCAUUGAGGAAGAAAGUGAAUGACAUUGAAGAACAAAUCAACAGUCUGAAUGAAGCCAAAAAAUUAGCUGUUACAGGAAGAAAUUUUGUGGAAGCAAAACGGCUUGCAAAUGAGGUAAAAGAGUUGAUUGGCAAUGGAGAAGAGACACAGAAACAGUUAGAAUCAACUGUUAAAGACAUCACCAACGAUAGCAAGCUAGUGGAUAAACUACAGGAAAAGUACAAUGCACUAAAGGAGGUUCUACAAAAACAAGAUUUUGAAAUAGAUAUGGAACUUAAAGAUUAUGCCACUGAGACAAUUCACAAAUUAGAAGCACAGUUAGAUGUAGAUGAAAUACCAACAUUUCAUAGACACUUGUUAGAGGCAAAGCUAUUGUCUUGCUAUUUCACAAUCAAAGAAAUCUGCAUCAGACACGACGUUGAUGAACCAACUAACCUUAAAAACUACUGUCUGACUUUGAGAAAAGAAGAAGGCACAGUUUAUACUGAUGCCGCGGCAGAUGCAGUAUCCAUGAUGACAGAAGUAGGUAAAGAAGCAGAUGAUAAUAUAAAGCAGUUGGAGGAAGAAUUACAGAAAGCUGUAGAUGAUGAAGAUUAUGGUAAAGCUGAUAUCCUUAUGAUUUAUUAUGUUGAAUGUAGAACAACCUGUUGA